CCACUCUUCACACGUACCUUUUCGACAACAGCAAUCAUGUCCAAAGGCGAGUGCCCCAUGAGAACCGCCAAUGUCGCAGGUGGCGGCACCAAGAUCAAAGACUGGUGGCCAAAUGAGCUUCCGGUCAGCGUUCUUCGCCAGCACGACCCACGCCAGAACCCUUUGACCUCCGACUUCAACUACGCCGAGGAAUUCAAGAAGCUUGACUACAAUGCAUUGAAGAAGGACCUCACUGCCUUGAUGACCGAUUCCCAGGACUGGUGGCCUGCGGACUUUGGCCACUAUGGUGGUCUCUUUGUCCGAAUGGCAUGGCAUUCUGCCGGAACCUACCGCGUCACUGACGGUCGUGGUGGAGGUGGUGAUGGCCAGCAGCGUUUCGCUCCUCUGAACGCGUGGCCUGACAACGUCUCCCUCGAUAAGGCUCGUCGUCUCCUCUGGCCCAUCAAGCAGAAGUACGGCAACAAGAUCUCAUGGGCGGAUCUUAUGCUCUUGACUGGCAACGUCGCCCUUGAGUCCAUGGGCUGCGAGACUUUCGGUUUCGCCGGUGGACGUCCAGACACAUUCCAGUCCGACGAGUCAAUUUACUGGGGAGGAGAAGACACAUGGCUGGGCAAUGAUGUCCGCUACUCCAACGGAAACAAGGGUGUCUCAGGCGAGGGUGUUGUCGACGGUGACCAGCACAAGAUGGACCACAAGGACAUCCAUUCGCGUGACCUCGAGCAGCCUGUUGCGGCCGCACACAUGGGACUCAUCUAUGUUAACCCCGAGGGUCCCGACGGUGUCCCCGACCCAAUUGCCGCUGCCCGAGACAUCCGUACAACCUUCCACCGUAUGGCCAUGAACGACGAGGAGACUGCUGCUCUUAUCAUCGGUGGCCACUCCUUCGGAAAGACUCACGGAGCCGCUCCCUCGGAGAACACCGGCCCUGACCCCAACAGCGAGGACCUGUCUACUCAGGGCUUCGGCUGGAUCAACAAGCACGGCAGUGGCAAGGGCCCUGACACCAUCACCAGUGGUCUCGAGGUCACAUGGACAGGCACACCAACCAAGUGGAGCAACAAGUACCUUGAGUAUCUCUACAAAUAUGAGUGGGAGCUGGAGAAGAGUCCUGCUGGUGCGAACCAGUGGGUUGCUAAGACUGAAGACCACAUCAUUCCGGACGCCUAUGAUGCGAACAAGAAGCACAAGCCCAGGAUGUUGACCACCGAUAUGUCAAUGCGCAUGGAUCCUGGCUUCGAGAAGAUCACCCGCCGUUGGCUCGACCACCCACAAGAACUCCACGAUGCCUUCAUUCGCGCGUGGUUCAAGCUUCUCCACCGUGACAUGGGUCCUCGAUCCAGAUGGGUCGGCCCUGAGAUUCCCAAGGAGGUCUUGCUCUGGGAAGACCCAGUCCCCGAGGUUGACCACGCCCUUGUCGAGGAGUCGGACAUCUCUGCCCUUAAGAAGCAGAUUCUCGAGGCCGGCAUCGAGCCAUCCAAGCUCAUCCGCACUGCAUGGGCUUCGGCAGCGUCCUACCGCGGCAGCGACAAGCGUGGUGGUGCCAACGGUGCCCGCAUCCGCCUGGCACCGCAAAAGGACUGGGAGGUCAACAACCCUAAGGAGCUCGCUGAGGUACUCAAGGCUCUCGAGGGCGUUCAGUCCAAGUUCAACGGCUCUGCGUCUGGCGGCAAGAAGAUCUCUCUUGCUGACCUGAUCGUCCUCGCCGGAACUGCCGCUGUCGAGAAGGCUGCCGGUGUCUCGGUUCCCUUCACACCCGGCCGCACCGACGCCACUGAGGAGCAGACCGACGCCAAGUCGUUUGAGCACCUUGAGCCUGCCACUGACCCCUUCCGCAACUACGGAAAGAGCUCAGACCGUGCCCGCACUGAGCAGCUUGACCUCGACAAGGCUUCUCUCCUCCGCCUCACUGCUCCCGAGCUUACCGUCCUUGUUGGCGGUAUGCGUGCGCUAAAUGCCAACUGGGACAGCUCAUCCCACGGUAUCUUCACCAAGCGCCCUGGCCAGCUCACCAACGACUUCUUCGUCAACCUGCUCGAUAUCAACACAGAGUGGAAGGCGGCCGACUCGUCCAAGCUGCCCGAGCUUUAUGAGGGCUUCGACCGCAAGUCUGGCCAGAAGAAGUGGACUGGUACACGCCACGACCUCGUUUACGGCUCGCACCCCGAGCUUCGGGCUAUCGCUGAGGUAUACGCCCAGCCCGACAACUCAGACAAGUUUGUCAAGGACUUUGUGAAGGCUUGGGAUAAGGUCAUGUCUAACGACCGCUUCGACCUUAAGGCCAAAUCGUCAUGAAUCCCCAUAUAGAGCUUCAAAGAUACCUAGGUAGUACAGUGUAGGGCCUGAUAGGCAAUGGAUGAAUUUACGUGUUCCAAAAAAUGCAGACGCUACAUAAGUGCACAUGGCCAUGAUAUAGCGCAUCCUUGAUUUGAGAUGGGGAUAAUCAGAUGAGCUCUGUUGCCUUUGAUG